GAACAGGUGAGCCUUGAAAUAACUCAUAUUUUAUCAAGAUCAAAAGUUUGAACUCGUAUAAAUCACACUAAUAGCAAAAUAUUCUUUUUCUUUUCGUGUGAGCAAAAUCAAUGAGAGUAUGUGAGUGAUCAGAAACAAACUAGUCUAAAGAUUGCUUAAGUGCCGAAUUUUCGUUUUUGUAAAAAUUAGGCCAAUAGUCCGAAUUUCUAACCAUACCUGUCCGCGAUAAAGCACUGAAAUAUUUUACUGGCAUUUUGAAUAAAUCGAGUUGAGAAACACUGAUAUAGAAGGCGGAUGACUCACAUAAUUUCUCCAAAUAAAUGCUCAAUAGGAUGAUACAGAGGGUCAAUGCAACAGAGUGGACACUCUAAUGUUCCUGAAACAAUUCUUUACAAUGCUAGGAAUAUGAAAAGGCGACAUAAAGAUGAAAUUAAUAGGCUUCGAAAGCUACAUGAGCUGGAUAGUAACCAUUGGAAGUUGCAUCAUCAACUGCACAUCUCAAACUCCACACAGGAUAGCUGGAUUGAUGUAUGUGUCGAUUGUUGAGUACUACGAAACUGACAGAGAAACAGCUUCACUUCCAAUUCUGAUUUUUAUCAUUGUAAGAUGUCUCGGAGGACCUUUUUGUGGAGUUUUGGGAGAAAAAUUCAGUCCUGAGAACAUAACAUUAUAUGGGACAAUCAUUGCUGCUAUUGGAUUUGGAGCAUGUUUCUUUGCACACAAUAUUGUCACUUUGUCCAUAUAUUUAGGAUUAAUAUUUGGUAUAGGUAUGACAGGAAGUAAUACAUUUCUUCCAACCAUAGUAAAGAAAUAUUUCAACAAAAAUAUUAACUCAGCAAAUGGAAUUUCUCAAGCUGGAUCGUGUUUGGGAGCAAUUCUUGUUCCACCCCUUGCUGUAUUCCUUCUGGAAAAAUAUGGUUUACCUGGAACGUUUUUAAUUGUAUCAGCACUUAUGCUUCAUGCGGUGCCAAUCAGCAUGCUCAUCCAAAAAGCAGGUUUAGUACAAGAUAAAAUCAUUGAAACCAUGAAGAGGAAUAACGAGCUUGUCCAUCAAGAGAAGUUACGUGAAAAAAAUCAAAAAUCUCCCCUUGACUCGAAUAAUAGUACUUCGGAGAAAAUAUCUAUAAACAAUCAAACAUCUCUUUCUGACUCAGCUAACAAAAUAACAGAGAUGAGAGUAAACAAUCAGAAAUCUCUUCCUGAUUCAGCAGAGGAUAUUAAUACAUUAGAGCAGAUUCCUAUAAACAAUUAUAAACUUCUCCCUGAUUCAGAAGAUAAUAAUGUAUCAGAGCAGCUUUCUAUAAACAAUCAGACACUUCUUCCACAUUUUGUUACUAAGAUAUCAGAGCCGUCUAGAUUAGAACUUGAAAAGGGAAAGUUAGACGAUACCAUUACAGUUUUUAAAGGUACCAAAGCUGAUAAUAAAACUAAUGAUUGUGAUCUAAGUAAAGAACAACCCGAUGGUAUUAAAGAUAAUGAUAGUUUGGAUACUUCUAAACUCUCUCUACAGUCUCACGUGUACAAUCAAUCAGCUUCUGAAAAAAGUUGCUCAAGUAUCAGCAAUGUAGGCAAUGAGAAUCGUGAGACUAAUACAUUAAAUCAUGGCGCUGAAAUCUCAGAUAUAUUGGAAAUAAAUGAAGCUAUUCUACAGCCUCAAGAUUGCAGUGAUGAUUCUGAUAGCGACGAUGCUGUCAAAACAAGCCUCCUUCCAGAAAUGAAGACGGUUUCGUACAUACAUUCCGAUUUAGAAAAUGAUCCAAAACUACCUGAUAUGACACAAUAUAAACAAAUGAUUACAACUUGCGUGGUUGCACCGAUAGAGAAUAAUCCAGAAGUGUCAGCGAUUUCAAACAGGUCACACAAUCCAAAACCACACAAAAAAAGUAAAUUUGCAUUUCUUAAAGUGUUUCUGAACCUCCCCUUUUUAAUUAUAAUGUUUUGCACUGGUAUACAUAAUUAUGUGACAGUUCUAGUGACGACGACAAUGAUUGAUUACUCACGAGACAAAGGAAUACCAAGAUAUAAUGAAGUCUAUUUUUUAAUGAUGCAUCCAUUUGUUGAAAUCAUUGGCCGUGUCAGCUUCGGUUGGGUGACAGACUUAGGGUAUUUAACAUUAUCUAAUUACUCAGUGAUAUGUUUUAGUCUUAUGGGUCUUACAUGUAGUUGUAUUUUGUGGUCUGCAGACUUUUGGGUGAUGAUGUUGGGAGCAUUGACUUUUGCUAUAUCGUGUGGUGCCUUGACUGCUAUAUUUCCAGGCAUGGUAUUUAGUUGUGUUCCCGAGGAGAUGCAGUCGAUGGCUAUAGCUUCAAGAUAUGUAUUAAGUGGACCUCUAAUCUUCACAGCUUCACCAUUAAUAGGAUUUUUCAGAGAAACUCGUGGAUCAUAUGAUGGAAUUUACAUCUUGUUAAUAGCUUUGUGCAUGUUGUGCGCAGUUGCAAUGCCUUUGUUGCACAAAUUUUCCCAACGUGGCAAAAAAGUAAGGACAUGAGGAUGAUUUUGAAACUGCAGAACAUGUAAUAAAAAUAUUCGAACAUACUUUUACAAGGUGAUAAUGAUCAGAGAUUUAUACGUGAACUCUAAAACGGUCAGACCGUAAAAAGUCAGACUAUUUUCUUGGAAAGCAGGUCUUUCCCCUAAUAACAGUAUUUUAAUGAAAAUAUUUCAAACAUUUUAUUGAAAAGAGAAAGAGACGCACAGUUUUCUUUUUAAAGUGAUGGUGAAAUUGUUCAUGUACUAAACCAAUACACAAACAGUAAGAAUUUUUAAUUACAGUCCAUGGCCGUAUUAUUAGACACACUAUAAGAUUCUAUGUAAAAUCUUAAUUAUCAAGUGAUACUAUACAGCUUUAAUGUUUUUACGCGACUGUAAAAGGUUUGCACUUAUUUAUGUUUGUGUAUCAAUUGUUUACAUUCGACGAUAUAUAAUAUAAAUUCGACGAUAGGUUAAAUUAGACGAUAUAUUAUAUAAAUAUAGAAUAUAUAUUAUAUCAGUAUUAUAUUAAUAAAUUAUAAU